GCCGUACAAAGAUAAAUAUCAUGAUGUAACACGUUUUUCUGUAAUAUAAUUUAUUUUUUGUCAUUCUUUUCUCUUAUUAUAUGAGCAAGUGCGGUAGACAUCAGCGAGUUCAGGAUUAAAAAAAUUUCAGAUCAAACCAGAUUCAAAUCUCAGAGCUUUCGGAAAUAGCGAUGGGUUUAUUGAGAUCGAAAUAGUGGUCGAGGCCUCGAAACCGAUUGGUGUAUGGGCGACCGACAUCGGGCCCUCAAAUAUUCCGAUCGGUUUCUAUGGUUCAAUGAACUGUAGAGGUGGUUCAACAAAUAAAGCUGGCUUCGACAUCAAAAUAAAACGUGACGGUAUAACAAAAUGGAUCGUAUACCCUCGUUCUCGUCCAUUUGGUAACAAUAAUUAUCAACCAACAGAAAAAGGAUUCAAAUUAUCACAAGAAUUUACGAACACGUUAUUCAAUCAAAUAGAACUUACCAUGCCACUAAAUCAAUAUCUAGACACACAUUGUAUCAAAAGUGCAUCAUUUGGUUCUACACUUCGCGUUUCAUACAACGAUCAAACAUCACCCGAUUUAACUUGUCCAAUUGACAAUGAAAAAUUGGCAACACUAUAUACACUGGUUGGCGAUCUUAUCAAAAAAUUAUACAUUAAUUAA